GUGCAAUAAAAACCCUCCACCCAGCAGCCUAGGAGGAGCAGAGAAAGAAGUUCACCAGCUACAAGAUAUGGCCCUGGAGCUUCCAAUUGGAGUCUGCCUCCUGUUCAAAGCAAUGUCAGCGGCACUGACCGAAGAAGCAGAGGUGCCCAUGAUCCCCACAAGCACAGCACAGCAGAGCAACUGGACAGCUAACGACACAGAAGCUGACUACAUGGAAGGGCCUGUAGCUUUGAAGUUCUCCCACCCUUGUCUGGAAGACCAUAAUAGUUACUGCAUUAACGGAGUGUGUGCAUUCCACCAUGAGCUGAAGAAAGCCAUUUGCAGAUGCUUUACUGGUUAUACGGGAGAAAGGUGUGAGCAUUUGACCCUAACCUCAUAUGCUGUGGAUUCUUAUGAAAAAUACAUUGCGAUUGGGAUUGGAGUCGGAUUGUUGAUGAGUGCUUUUCUUGCUGUCUUCUAUUGCUACGUAAGAAAAAGGUGUCUAAGUCUCAAAUCACCUUACACCAUCUGCUCCGCAGGGAGACCAUUGUGAGACCUCACAGGGCACAUUCGUCAAGUCAUUUGUCAAAAGCAACGGGGACUCCAAUGGAGCUCUUUAGCUGAUUCAAAAUGUGAUGAAGCUAACUUGAAAAUAAUGGAGGUUUGGAUCGCAAUGCAAUAAUUCAACGCUGGUUCUUAGCUUUGGCCAUCUUUGGGUGCCAUGGAAGCUAUGUGAAUGAGCUACAGUAACAGAAGCCAAGUUCACAACCCUACCUUGGGGUUUGUCAUUGGGUGGUUCUUGUCACUGUAGGGAAACUUGUCUCAUGCUUCUGACCAUCUCAGAUGUGAGUUUUCAUUUUCAUUGUCAAAGUAAUGCCACUCCUGGGUUCCUCAUGCACUCAACAUUUUGGGCCACCUGUCUCAAAGCACCUAAUUCCUUCUGUCCUCAUGGUAUUUCAGGGAAUUUGGUAUCAACUUUUAGAUGAAACCAAUGAAUGGCUCCUUCAGUGAACCAAAAAAAUGCAUUGAACCUAAACUACUGAGAGAAAGCGGAGUAUUUAAGGCAAGCAUAAAUCAUAUCCUGCUUAUGACAACAGUUCACAAAUUUUAUCUGUGGAUUUGGGAAUCAGCAAGUCGAUUCCUGAGAAAUGAAAGUCACCUGGACAGCCAGCCCAAAGGAGACAAAGCAGCUGUUUCUGUGUGGAUUCUAAAACCUGUGUUGGGCUCAUCUGUCCCCUGCUGCUUUUGCUCAUCAUCUUCCUUUUGCUGGAAUGCUCACUUGGUGCCCAUCAUUUCAAGUCCUAGAAUUCACCUAGUGACUAAAAGCCUACAAAUUGAUCCCCAAAUGGAAACUGAAAACAAUACAUAGGAGCAACAGCAUGUGGAAUGUUUAUUAUUUUUGAUUGAUUGAUUGAUUAAUAUAUAUGCACAUAUGUAAAAAUGGAAUAAUGGUAGAAAUACUUAUUUAGAAAUCAUGAUCCCUCUCUUGAAUUGUGUUUCUGCUACAUGAUCCAAUCUUGGGAAAGUCUCUAACUUUCUUUGGGCUUUGGUUCCACUUUCUACAAGGCCCUUGUAGCUCUAAAUUUGAAGUAUAGGAGAAGGAA